UGGAGCACACAGAGUAGCAGUGUGCGCCAAACACGAAAAGCUUCGGUAAAAAGCCCUUAUCGUCUUCUUCCUCCUCUAAAAGCCUCUGCUUCAGCUUCUGCUUCUGCUUCUCGAAGAAGCUUCGUGCACCAGCCAUGAGCUCCGCCGCGCCGCAGCUCCCCGCGGCCGUAAAUGGUGGCUCCCAAAAGCUCCGAUUUCGCCAAACCGGCCUCAGUCGACUCUCCCCGCCGUCCACUCUCUCCCCUGCUCUCCCGCGGAAGCGCUUUUCCACGAAAUGCCAGUCGACAAGUGUUGAGAAGCCUAGAACAAAAAGGAAUCUUUUAGACAAUGCAAGCAACCUUCUUACCAAUCUAUUGAGUGGGGGUAGCAUCGGAUCGAUGCCGAUUGCCGAAGGUGCUGUUUCCGAUCUGUUCGGCCGCCCUCUUUUCUUCUCACUCUAUGAUUGGUUUAUUGAGCAUGGUUCUGUUUAUAAGCUUGCGUUUGGACCGAAAUCAUUUGUUGUCGUGUCUGAUCCCAUUGUGGCGAGACAUAUCCUUCGAGAAAAUGCAUUUGCUUACGACAAGGGAGUUCUUGCUGAAAUUCUAGAACCAAUAAUGGGAAAAGGACUUAUACCUGCUGACCUUGAUACGUGGAAAGUGAGGAGAAAAGUUAUUACUCCCGGUUUUCAUUCUCUAUUCCUGGAAACUAUGGUUAGAACAUUUACUAAAUGUUCGGAGAGAUCAAUAUUGAAGUUUGAGGAACUCAUUGAAAGAGAGAACCACGAUAAGAAAGCAAUAGAGUUAGACCUCGAAGCCGAAUUUUCAAAUUUGGCUCUCGACAUAAUUGGCUUGGGUGUGUUCAACUAUGACUUUGGUUCCGUUACAAAGGAAUCUCCUGUGAUCAAGGCCGUAUAUGGAACACUCUUCGAAGCUGAGCAUAGAUCGACUUUUUACAUUCCUUACUGGAAUCUUCCUUUAGCAAGAUGGAUAGUUCCAAGACAACGCAAGUUCCAAAAUGAUCUCAAAGUCAUUAAUGAUUGCCUUGAUGAGCUAAUUAAAAAUGCAAAAGAGACGAGGCAGGAAGAUGAUGUUGAAAAACUUCAACAGAGAGACUACUCAACCCUGAAGGAUGUUAGUCUACUUCGGUUUCUUGUUGAUAUGCGAGGUGCUGACGUCGAUGAUCGCCAGCUUAGGGAUGAUCUCAUGACAAUGCUUAUUGCGGGACAUGAAACAACUGCUGCUGUUCUAACAUGGGCUACUUUUCUACUUGCCCAGAACCCAGCAAAGAUGAGAAAAGCUCAGGAAGAGAUUGAUUCUGUAAUUGGUGGGGAGGGAAUAACUGCCGAGUCCCUCAAAAAGUUGGACUAUAUACGACUUGUCAUUGUCGAAGCCCUUCGGUUAUACCCCCAGCCACCUCUACUAAUUCGGCGUGCUCUCAAACCAGAUAAAUUGCCGGGAGGAUACAACGGCAAUAAAGAAGGAUAUGAAAUACCUAGGGGAACAGAUAUAUUUGUUUCGGUAUACAACCUUCAUAGAUCACCGUACUUUUGGGACUGGCCGAAUGAAUUUGAACCGGAGAGGUUCUUAGUUCCGAAAGGAAACGAAGAUAUCGAAGGAUGGGCAGGUUUCGAUCCGAGCCGAAGCCCCGGAGCAAUGUACCCCAACGAGAUAAUUUCCGAUUUCGCGUUUCUGCCGUUUGGUGGGGGGCCGCGCAAGUGUGUUGGCGACCAGUUUGCGCUCCUCGAAUCGACGGUAGCGUUGGCAAUGCUUUUACAGAAGUUUGAUGUUGAGUUGAGGGGAUCGCCGGACGAGGUGGAGCUGGUUACAGGUGCAACAAUGCAUACAAAGAGCGGCUUGUGGUGCCGGCUAAAGAAAAGAUCUUGAACGAACAAAGAUAAAGAUAAUGUGCACUUUCGAUCAAUGUUUUGUAAUCAUUCUGUGACUUCUCACAAUUGUAAUAUGAGAAACUUGUAGAGAAAUUUUCGUCGAAGUGCGCUGAGGAUAAAAAUUGAUGAAUCAGUUUUAAUAAUGGUAUCUGGUUUAUAUCUUGCA